AGCCGUUGCGUUGCCAACGUUUAUUUGCGCUCGAGCCUCGAACAGUGAACAGGUAGCACAGCACACAGCUCUUAUAGCCGAAUACCGAAAUCUUCAAGAGAAAAGACUUCAACGGUAAUUUGAAAAUUAGAAACAAGAAAAAACACAGUUCGAAAAAUACAAAAAGAAAAAAGGAAAUCAACUCCGCGGUGCAGUUAAUUUAAUUGAAAAUAAUAAAAUCGAGUUAUUAUACGUUGCGCUUUCCAAUUUCGGUUCAACGAAAAGAAAACAUAAUUGAGCCCGGUGUGAAAAUAAAUACAAACAUCUGAGCCACCAGCCAAGGAAAACACCAGCUUGGGUGAAAUUCAAUUGACAAACUAACAAAAAAGUAGAGGAAAAUCAACUCUGCCGUCCGCCCAAUUCGAGUUUUGUGGUCAAGUGCCUGGCAAUUGUGCAAUUUCAAGACUCUUAACCUUAACAAUUAUUUUUUGGCCACAAAUACAAAGCUAUUGGCACAAUUCAAAGCAAAUCAAGUGCUUACUUUUACCCAAAAAAAAAAAAUAAAUAUAAAAUAAAAUCAAACAAAAAGGGCGCUUCGAAAACGAAAGCAAAACACAAUUUCAAUUUCGAAUCCCCCACGCUUUGCUAAAUUCGAGUGGCAGCCCCCAGAAGACAGCAAAAUGGUUGAGAAAACAGAAAUGUCGAAAUUCGUUGGCGUUGCCGACAUAACCGAGAACAAGAAAAUCUGGCGCAUGCUAUUCGGCGAAAUGGUGGGCACAUUUUUCUUGGUCUUCGUCGGCGUUGGCAGCACGACGAGCGGAAGUGUACCACAAAUCGCAUUCACCUUUGGCUUGACUGUGGCCACCAUCGCCCAGGGCUUGGGUCACCUGAGUGGCUGUCACAUCAACCCGGCUGUCACCUUGGGCUUUCUCAUUGUCGGCGAGAUCAGCAUCCUGAAGGCAGCGUUCUACAUCAUCGUCCAAUUGGUGGGCGCCAUCGCAGGAGCGGCUGUGAUCAAGGUGGCCCUUAACGGACUAGUCGGUUCUGGACUGGGAGUCUCCUCCUUUGAUCCCUCCUUGGACGCCGGACAGGCGGUACUCAUUGAGGCACUGAUCACCUUCAUCCUGGUGUUUGUGGUGAAGGCUGUUUCAGACCCGGCUCGUUCGGACAUCAAGGGAUCGGCUCCGUUGGCUGUAGGACUAGCCAUCACCGCUGGACAUCUGUGCGCCGUGAAACUGAGCGGUGCCAGCAUGAAUCCAGCCCGAUCCUUCGGACCCGCCGUGGUGCAGGGCAUGUGGGCAGACCACUGGGUCUACUGGGUGGGCCCCAUCGCCGGUGGCCUGGUUGCCGGAAUCAUCUACCGGUUCAUCUUCAAGGUACGCAAGGGCGACGAUGAGGCCAACUCGUACGACUUCUAGACUUCUAAACAAUAUCCGAAAUACCAUAUUUUUUGUAAAUGUCCGCACCCGCUUCCCAUCCACAUUACAUUUCGCUUAACACCCACCAGGGACACAUUGAAUUAUUUUUCCAAAAUUUUCAACCUUACCUCUGACCUCUGAACACUAAUUUCCCCCCGCCCCCUGUCUCACACACAACUGUACAAUUUUUUAUUUGUUAAAAAAUAAAAAGCAGACAUCUGUUUAGUUAAUAAUGCGAUGAUAACACCUAAAAUAUGCAAUAUUGUAUUUGAGUAAUUUUAAGCUAAAUUAUGUGCACAAUAUCGAGGGAAAACUGUAUUGAAGCUUGACUAAAUUGUAUCUCGAAGGCACUUUCACUUUGUUGAGCACCUAACGAAUUGUAUUAUGACUAUUGUGUAAUAAAAUGUAAAUCAAGAAAAUACAA